GAUUCAAUGCGGAUGGCUCCGCAGAGGCGCCAUGUGUAUCUUUUGUGUAUGGCGGGUGGCGCCCGAGAGGAGCCAAAAUGUUUUCCUGUAAAACUCCGCUAAAAAAGCUUUAUUCAGAGGCUAGCCCUAAAUGAAAGUUUCCUUAUUUGUCACGUAGAUUACGAUACUAGUAUUAGUUUCAAGAUAUAGCGUGAAAAAAGACAUUUCAGAUGUUGUAAACCUUUUCAAUAGAAACAAUAAUUAUGAAAGGUAACUUUUGUGCAUGGCGGGUGGCACCCCAGAGGAGCCAAUAUUUGAAACCAAAAAACUGACUAAUUUAAAUUUAUCAAUAGUACAUAUUUCAGUGUUCUAAAAAUAUUAGUGUCUUUAUUUAUCACGUAGAUCCUUUCCAGAGAAAUCGCUUUAAGGUGUAGCGUGAUUUCACACUCUUCGGGGAUGGUAAACCAUUUUAAGCGUUAUUUAAAUGUUAUUUAAUAUUAAGGGUUACAAACGAAUAGCACUAAUCAUGACAGUUAAAUAUUUAAAAAAUAUCUGUUUUCACUUUUUUUGCUUUGUGGAUAUGCUCUUUUGCAAGUUUAUGGUAAUAACUAGGUAGUUUCUCGAAGUAUGUCCAAAUUUAACCGGACUAGUAAUUGCAUUCCUUAGGUAUCAAGACAAUGUACUUAGUUUAUUUUUGGUGAGAAACAACAACAAAAACGAUUCUCAGAAAAGCACUAUCUUUUGUUGUUAUGCUAUGCAGUCAUAUCAAAGAUGUUUUAAAGAUUUUUAAGCUUUUUAUUGCCCUACUGCUUAUUGUUAAUAUGCCGUGCCGACCGACCCUUUUUAUUGAUGGGCUAGGGAAAGAUGUUAUUUAACUAAAAACAAAAGAAGUCGGUGCCAUAAAUCACUUAACAAGGUUUCUCACGCGCAAAUUACUUAACUAUCGAUGAUGUUUUUUCGUUUACUUCUGUUUUGCUAUUUAUGGUGAUCAGACGUAAGCACGUUGUGACCGUUUAAUGCUCGCUUCUGAAGUCUCUUAGUUUGCCUUUUAACAACUGUGGACUGUGUAUCUGGACUUCGAGAUUUUGCUUCAGUGACUACCCCGGCUAGUAAUUUGGACUCUGUUUUGAUUCUUGACUUUACAAGUUGCUAACCAAAAUGGCUACUCCUCCAUCCCCUGAACCUGGCCCGUCAAAUUGGGAUCUCAUAUCUAUGGAGUUAUCCGGAAUGAUGUCUCCCAGCCAUAUAAACUUAUCAGACAUGCCAUGCAUUGAUGCUAUUAUAAGUGAUGCAGAAUUGUAUGGGAUUUUGGCACAGGAUGUGGAUAACUUUCUGGAAGAUUUGGUAAAUGAAAACACAGAAGAUGAAGAAGCCGUUUGUGCUGAAGAUCAGUUAGAACAGGACGUUGAAAAUACAACUGAUUGUCCCCCUAGAGCCCCUAGAGCCCCUACUACCGAUUGGUUCAAUGGAAACCCCUCGAAUAUGGCCGAGAUUCCUUUUACGGGCACACCUGGUUUAUUACCGCCUCAUAACAUGAGUGGAAAAACACCGAUAGAUUUUUUCUUUUUAUUUUUCAAUAGUCGUAUCAUUGAUUUAAUUUUAAACUGUACAAACAAGUGCGGCAAUGAAUUGAAGAUUGCAGCACGCACCGCACAAGCUCGUUUUACAAAAUGGAAGGAGAUAAGUCUUGAGGAGUUCACGGUAUUUAUUGGCAUAAUUUUAUUUAUGGGUACCGUGAAAGUUAAUAGAAUGGCCGAAUAUUGGUCUCGACAUUAUUUAAUGCGCCUAAGCCCACAUUCAUUUAUGGCUAGGGACAGGUUUUAUUUAAUAUUAAGAGCAUUAAAUGUCCAAGAUGAAAUGAGGCCGGAAAGUAUUUUUAAAGUAAAGUCGUUAAUAGAUAUGUUCAACGAAACAAUGUCCACAACUUAUUACCCAUCCAAUAAUGUUGCAAUAGAUGAAUCCUUGAUUUUGUGGAAAGGACGUCUUUCUUUCCGCCAGUAUUUAAAAGGGAAAGUCCAUCGUUAUGGAAUUAAAUUAUAUAUGUUAGCUGACAUGAAUGGCCUAGUAAUAAAAAUUCAUUUAUAUGCUGGUUCUGGGGAUCAAUUGGUAGGUGGAAAAAAUCAUGUAAAAAAAGUAGUAAUGUUGUUAAUAGAAAAAUAUUUAAAUAAAGGCCAUUCACUUUAUAUUGAUAAUUAUUAUAGCAGCGUUGGUUUAGCAGAGGAGCUUUUAGAUAAAAACACGUACGUAACAGGUACACUACGAGCAAAGCGCGCUGGUAAUCCCACUUUAAUUAAUAUAAAAUUAAACACCGGUGAAUCUUGUAUUGUUCACAAUUCCAAAAAAAUUGUUGUUACCAAAUGGCAGGAUAAACGCGAAGUGCUGCUUUUGAGCUCGCAGCAUAAAAGCAUUUACAAAGGGACUAAUAGUCGCCGAAUACGCACUAUAAAGUAUAAGCCUGAUGUACUAAUUCAGUACAAUAAAUACAUGAGAGCAAUUGAUAGGCACGACCAGCUUUUAAGUUAUUAUUCCUGCAAACACAAAACCUUACGUUGGUAUAAAAAAGUUAUAAUCCAUUUAAUCCAAAUAUGUUUGGUGAAUAGCUUUCUUUUAUAUCGAGAAAUAAGCAAAUCGAAUAUAGAAUUAUAUGAUUUUAGAAAAAGUGUAUUAGAAAAUUUAUUAAAGCCACCAACCGUGCCACAACGAUCCCUUGUUGAAAGAAAAAUACAUUUACCUAGUACUUUUACUAAGAGUGGUGGAAGGACAAUGAGAAAGCGAUGCAGAGUAUGCUAUAGCAAAACUAAAAAAAGAAACUUGGUUAUGUAUGGUUGUUCUGAUUGCCCAGAAUUCCCAGGGUUAUGUCUCACCCCAUGCUUCCGAGAAUAUCAUAAAUAUUAACAAAUGUAUUAGAAAUUUUUAAUAUUUAUGAUAUUUUUAGCUUGCAGGUAUUUCAUGAUUUCAAUUAAUACACACACUAUAUGUUAUAAUUUGUUUAAUUGAAGAUUUUUAAAUACUUAUAACAAACAAUUCUCAUUAGUAAUUACUAAAUCAGUCUUUUUAAUGAUUAUAGUAAAAAUCUACCUUAUAAAUAAGUACAAUUAUGUAAUAUUAUUGCACAAUGUUAAUAAAUAAACCUUAAUAUUAUGUAAAACCGAUGCUUUUCAUUUAACUCGCCUCUCUCUCUUCAUCUAAAACUCUUUUCAUUUAAAACUUAUGGUUUAUUAAUAAAAUUAUUUUUUUAGCGUUUCUAUAAUUUUUUGCAUUAUAAUAUAUCUCUCAUUAAUACUAAAACGUAGUAACUCGUUAGAUACGAAUUUCCCAAAAUAUUUACAGGCGUGAAUAUCCACGACGGUUGUACUCGUAAAUUGUUCUUUAUCUUCUACCAUUAUAUUUUCAGUAAACGUUGAAAUAUCUUUGGUGGAUAUUUCUGUGUACGUUGCACAAUCUUUCGUAGGUUUUUUUGUACCUUCCGCCGCAGAAUUUAUUUCAUCUUCAUUUUCUUGACCAGGUUCCCAGUCAUCAUAAGUCUGGGAAUUUUGUUCUAAAUAAGCCUGUUCGACAAACUCGUAGUCAGUGUCACAUUGCGUUUCCAGUUGUGAUUCUGGGAUAUAUUUUCUUUUUUUUGGUAAU